AUGGACGAAACAGAAUCUCAGACCUAUACCAAUUUGAACUUCCAUAUAACUCCUACAGUUGAUCCAGAUUCAAACACCCCCAAAAUCGUCACCUACAAAACGGAAACAGAUCAACCUAACGAGAAUAACGUAAACGAAACAUCCUCGAAACCAGAUAAGUGGAAACCUCUGCUCAAAAAUGGAGGACUCGAAUCUUUCGAAAUUACCUGCCGUAAAAUACAAGGAAACCUAAAUAAACUGACUAUCGAAAAGUUCGAGACCCUAGCAGAAAAAAUCGCAAUUCAAUGUGAAUCUUUAAACAAUUAUGAAGAAUUACAAAAAAUAGUUGAUAUUAUAAUUGACAAGGCAGUUUUGGAACCAGACUGGUCAGAAAUGUAUUCAGAUUUGUGCCAAAUUUUGUACUGGAGAUCACGAGAAUACGAUGUAGGAAUAAAAAAGGUGUCAUUCGCUAGCGCGCUUCUGAACAAAAUCCAACGCGAAUACGAAAGUACACCAAAAAACUUCGAUUUCACAACAGUAAGUGAGGACCAGGAAGUAUCAGUGAAGAAACUAAAAACGAAGACGUUGGGCACAGUAAAGAUGAUAGGAGAACUGUUCCAGAGGAAAAUGCUAGGAUUCAAAAUUGUAAACAAGGUUGUAUUCGACCUAGUAAUGAACCAAGAACCACACGAGCACUUAAUAGAGUGUUUUAUACAGUUGAUUUAUGGAACGGGAUACUAUAUUGAUAAAAACCCAAACCUAAGACCAGUUUUGGACAUGUGGUUCGGACGUCUCAAGGAACUAGUCCAGAGAAAGGAGUAUUCAAAGAGGAUCAAGUGCCUUAUCCAAGACGUACUCAACCUACCGAAAGCCCAAUGGCAUAAGAAGGUUCAUAGAGAAAAUGCGAAAGCAUUAACUGAUCUGAGAGAAAAGGUAAACUCCGAAGACAUCCUGGGAGGAUCAGCACUAGCGGCGCAGUUCGGUGACAUCGUCAUCGUUGGACAGAGGUAUAAUUUAUACGCAAGCUGCGCCUACGGAGAUUACAUGAAACAACAAGAAGAGUUGUUCAAGAUCAAAAAAGCAAACUAA